AUGUCAACACCUUCUAGACGUCGUUUAAUGAGAGAUUUUAAAAAAUUACAGGAUGACCCUCCUGCUGGUGUUAGCGGUGCGCCUACAGAGUCCAUAAUGCAUUGGGAAGCUGUCAUUUUUGGACCACAAGAUACUCCUUUUGAGGAUGGCACUUUUAAACUUUCGCUUGAAUUUUCUGAAGAAUACCCAAAUAAACCGCCACAAGUCAAGUUUGUUUCAAAAAUGUUUCAUCCUAAUGUAUAUGCUGAUGGGAGUAUUUGCUUGGAUAUUUUACAGAACCAAUGGUCGCCAACUUACGAUGUUGCUGCAAUACUUACUUCAAUUCAAUCCUUACUUGAUGAACCGAAUCCAAAUAGUCCUGCAAAUUCACAGGCAGCCCAGCUUUACAGAGAGAAUCGUAGAGAAUAUGAGAAACGUGUUCAUGCAAUUGUUGAACAGUCUUGGAUGACUUUUUCAAAUGACGAUUCAGACGAAGCUGUAGACCAAUUAGAAACUGCACGUGAAGAUAACGAAUCUCCACACACAGCAGCUGAAUAUGAAGUUGGUGGGGAAGAAGAAGAAGGAGUUUUGGAUGUAACACAAAGUUCGUUUCAUGAAGAAAAUGAUGAGGAUGAGGAAGAAGAAGGGGAAUUAAGAAAUAAUGAUACUGAUAAUUCUGUGGAACAAGACUGAUUUUGGAGUAUUUUAGGUAUUUUUUAAAUUUGUGUAUAAGAAAAGCUUGAUUUGUGGGGACUUUUGGAACAAAAAAAAUUUUUUU